AUGACACACCUGCCGGACUGGGCGUUCCGCGCCUUCAGCCGCUGCUCCGCCCUCUCCUCCGUCAACCUCCCCGCCGGCCUCACCUCCAUCGGCGACGGCGCCUUCUACCGCUGCACCUCCAUCCGCUCCAUCGCCCUCCCCGACAGCCUCACCUCCAUCGGCGACGGCGCCUUCGCCCACUGCUCCGCCCUCUCCUCCAUCAACCUCCCCGCCGGCCUCACCUCCAUCGGCAGCCUCGCCUUCUACGACUGCUCCGCCCUCUCCUCCGUCAACCUCCCCGCCGGCCUCACCUCCAUCGGCAGAUGGGCCUUCGCCGACUGCUCCGCCCUCGCCUCCGUCAACCUCCCCGCCAGCCUCACCUCCAUCGGCCAGCAAGCCUUCGACGGCUGCUCCGCCCUCGCCCGUGUCGCCUUCCCCGCCGGCCUCACCUCCAUCGGCUUCUGCGCCUUCGCCGACUGCUCCGCCCUCUCCUCCGUCAACCUCCCCGGUCGCCUCAGAUCCAUCGGCGACUUAGCCUUCUGCCGCUGUUCCUCCCUCGCCUCCAUCAGCCUGCCCGCCGGCCUCACCUCCAUCGGUUGGCACGCCUUCUCGAGCUGCUCCGCCCUCGCCCACGUCACGGUACCAACCACC